AUGGCAUUAUAUGUUAAGCUUCAUGGACGUAUAUUCAGGGGUGACUUAUCAGAGGCUGGUGAACCAAUGUUCAAGGAACAGAUUGGGAAAUCCAUGGAGGUAUAUGUGGAUGACCUGCUGGUAAAGAGCAAAGAACCCGCCCAACACCUUGUGGAUUUGCGAACUGCGUUUGAAGUCUUACGCCAUUACAAAAUGAGGCUGAACCCAUGGAAAUGUGCUUUCGAGGUCCAAUCAAGGAAAUUCUUGGGCUUCAUUGUAUCGGAGAGAGGAAUUGAAGCUUCUCUAGAUAAGAUAGAAGCCAUAACCAAUAUGAAGCCGCCAAAAAAUCUAAACAAGACUCAACGACUGGCGGGGAGAGUGGCAGCCCUGGAAGUGGCGGCUAGGAAACUCCGUCCUUAUUUCCAGGCCCACGUAGUGAAGGUAUUGACGGAGGCUCCAUUGGUGAAAAUACUGAGGAAGCUAGAUUGUACAGGGAGGCUAAUAGGUUGGUCAAUCAAGCUGAGUGAGUUCGAUAUAGAGUACGAGCCAAUGAAAGCCAUUAAAGGUCAAGCAAUGGCAGAUUUUUUAGUAGAAUUCUCAGACUUUCCCCAAGAAGAGGUAAUAACGCCAUCAGGGAAGCUGUGGAUAUUGUUCAUAGACGGGUUGUCUUGUCGAGUAGGCGGAGGCCUGGGGAUACAUUUGCUGAGCCCUGAUGGCCAGGAAUGGUAUUACAUGGUCACACUAGCGUUCAAGGUAAUGAACAAUGAAGUUGAGUAUGAAGCACUGAUAACGGGGUUAUCUGUAGCUGCCCAAAUCGGGGCAACUGAAGUAGAAGCCAGGUCGGAUUCACAAGUGGUAGUAAAUCAGGUUUUAGGCCUGUACGCUACUAAGGGCGAAAAGUUAAAGAAAUACUUGGGACGAGUUUGGGAGAUAUGCGAUCUUUUCUCAUACUUCGCUAUAACUCAGAUACCAAGGGCGGACAAUGAAGUUGCAGACAGAAUGGCACGGGCAACAUCAGGAGGGGAGGAGGUACCCCUACCAUGGCCAGUCGAGAGAAGGGUCAUUGAUGUCCCAGCUGUGGGCAUCGAGGUAGGAGUCCUGGGGUCACGCGCCCCAGAUUGGGCGAAUAGUAUAGUGGACUACUUGGAUGAAGGAAGAUUGCCGGAAGCAAAAAAAGAGACGAGAAAGAUAAAGAAAAGGGUGGCAAGAUUCCUACUCAUCGACGGAAUCCUUUAUAAAAGAGGCUUCUCUGUCCCUUUACUACGAUGCAUCUCCGCACAAGAAGCACAACAUGUCUUAGCCGAGACACACGAGGGGAUAUGUGGAAAUCACAAUGGGGGAAGAACCUUGGCCAGGAAAGCGGUCCGGGCAGGAUACUACUAG